AUGACUCCCCAAGUUGUGUGCGCUGGUUGUGUUACCUUCAAAAUUGUCACCUUGACGUCAUCGGCUACGGAAGUACAGCUCCCUCUCAAUUCCCCAAUACACAUAUUCAUUACUGAUCAACAACAGGAGUACCCACAGAUCAGACUGGUAAUUCCGAAUGGGAAAACUAUUGGUUACUUACCACCACAUCUUCAAUCAUUUCUACUAGAAAUACUAGGAAAUCAACAGGGCAAACAUAAAUCAAAGCCAGCUGGCGGUUGGAAUCCAACUGCCAACCAAUUAGCAUUCAUCAGCAGCUCUGUCCAAUCACUUGAAGUCUCAGGAAUGAUUCAAUUUGAAGUUACUACCUUGAUAUUUAUCAAAUUCUGGAAAAUGCCAGACUUCAAGGAUAUUUUAGUGAAAUAUGGCAUCAGACUCGAGACUCCUCAGUCCUACAAUCCUCACAAUCAUAAUAACAUCAGCCUGUUUCCUCCACCCACCUCUAUGUCACCCAAGUGGAAGGCAGCCUACCCAGACUUGAUCAAUCUUCCAACUGAUGCUAUUUCCAUGCUUAGAGCCAUUCCCAGCGGAUCAGAUGUGCAACCAGUCAACCAAUCUCUUCUAUUAUCCUCCCAGCUCAGACCUCAUCAACAACAGGGCCUGGGAUUUUUACUUGAUCGAGAGGAUCCGCACAAUGCAGCAUUCAACUCCUUUUGGCACUCCAAAAAGAGCGCAGAAUUCACUAUCUGGACAAACCUUCUCUGCGGCGAGUCAUUCAUUGCCACUGAUCAACAACCAGUUCCAACCAGUCCUCGAGCUUCAAUUCUGGCUGAUGACAUGGGGCUUGGAAAAUCAAUUCAGACUAUAGCACUGAUUGCACAUACUCUCCAAGCAGCAUUCAGUUACGAGACGAAUUAUCAAAGAGAAAGCCCCAAAAGUCAACUUAGAGGUUCACAUACCACUUUACUCAUCUGUCUCAAGGGGCUUAUGGACAAUUGGGAACGUGAAAUCAAGCUUCAUACAAGACAACCGGGACUCAAGGUUAUGCGCUGGCAUGAUACAAAUAGAACCAGCCGUGCACCAGAAGAAUGGUAUUCAGCAGACAUCAUCUUGACAACAUUAGGUACUCUUCAAAAUGACCAACUUGAUAGUCUUACAUAUGCAACCAAGUGGUACCGUGUGGUAAUUGACGAAGCACACAGAUGUGUCACUGCAUUGAAAGCUGUCAAUAGAUUGUGUCUGACAGGAACACCACUGCACAACAAACUAGGCGACCUUCAGAUGAUGCUGAGGUUUUUACACGUGACCCCUUUCUACAAGGAUUCGGUUUGGGAUACACACAUUGCUCAACCGGUUCAGCGUGGAAAUUUGGCCCCAGUUUCUAGACUUUUGCGAUACAUUAUGCUUAGGAGGACCAAGGACAGUCACAUAUUUGAUUUACCACCCAUUAAUCACACCACUAUUAUUUUAGAUAUGCAUAAAGAGGUUAAGGAUGUUUAUCAAACUCUAUAUCAGAAUUUCUUACGGCAGUUUGGAGUUGAAAGGAAGCAGAAAUUUCAAGGUGGUGAAUUUUUCAAACAACUCACCAAUCUCAGGAUGACUUGCAACCACCCUCUUUUAUUCAGGCAAAUUGAACAGGGUGUUGAUGCAGAAAAUCAACCCAUUAAUCUCAUUGAGCAAAAACUGGGUAUAAAAUUACCGGAUGAAAGAAUUCAUAACAGCAAGGUAAGAGAUGCUAUUCCAACGGACUGGAAGCUUAGCCCAAAGAUUGCAUACUUGGUUCACAUGCUUCAGAAGAAAAAAUCACAUGGUGGUGGGAAGAGUGUUAUAUACACUCAGUGGAAGAGCUUUAUUGAUUGGAUCAUCAUGGCUUUUGACAACUCUGGCAUCACGUACCGUCAGCUGCAUGGGGACCAGUCCACCUUUGAGCGUACUUCUCAACUCAAUUCUUUCACCAAGGACCCAAAUGUUGAAGCAUUUGUCGUAUCAAUAGAGGCUGGUGGGGUAGGUUUGAACAUGACAUGUGCGGACGAGGUCUAUUUGAUGGAUGCACAUUGGAACCCUCAGGUAGUGCAACAAGCUGUGGACCGCCUUCACCGAAUUGGUCAGGCCAAGCCUGUCAGAGUAUUUCAUGUAGUUACUGGACAGUCAAUUGAGCAGCAUCUUUACAAUGUUCAGAAGAGAAAAGCUGCCCUGGCAAAGAGAGUGAUUACAUUAACUGUCCCUACAGAGGAAUUGGAGAAGGCUGAAGCACUGCGUGUGGAGGAGUUUCCAACAGGGGAUGUAUCAGAUUUGGGAGAUCCCAAUCAAUGCUACCGCAAUUAA